AUGGCCAUGUUGUUGUUCUUCUCCAUACAGAGGCUGAAGGCGGCGCUCGCGCACCACCCGGGAGCCAUCGCCAACGGCAACAUGAACAGCAUGGGUCACAUGAUGGAAAUGAUGUCAUCGCGGCAGCAGCAGGAGCAGGGGGGCGGCCACCACCACCUUCACCCCUCCCACCCUCACCAGCACCUGUCGGCUCCGCCCCACAGCCACGCCUACCAGCACCACCCCCACCAUCACCACAGCGGCCACAGCCAGGGCGGGCACCACCACCCACAGGGCCACAACCCCCAUCACAACUCCCACCCGCCUCAUCUCCACCCUGGACACCCACACCAGACCUCACCCCCGCCUCACCUCCACCCUGGACACCCACACCAGACUUCACCCCCGCCUCACCUCCACCCUGGACACCCACACCAGACCUCACCCCACCCUCCACUUCAUUCUGGACCAGGGUCACAUUCACAGUUGUCCCCGGCGGCCCAGCAGAUGCAGCCGAGCCAGACGAUGCAGUCUCCGACCCCUAGCGGUGGGCGCCGCAGGCGGACGGUGGACGAGGACCCUGACGAACGGCGGCGGAAGUUUCUGGAGAGAAACCGAGCGGCGGCCACGCGAUGCAGACAGAAGAGGAAAGUAUGGGUGGUGUCACUGGAGAAGAAGGCUGAAGAGCUGACCCAGACCAACAUGCAGCUUCUGAAUGAGGUGACCAUGCUGAAGAACGAGGUGACCCAACUCAAGCAGCUCCUCCUCACCCAUAAAGACUGCCCCAUCACCACUCUGCAGAAAGACCCCCAAGGUUACCUCAGUCCAGACAGCAGUCCAGCAGGCAGCCCGGCCCCAGCCUGCUCCCAGCAGCAGGUCAUCCAGCACAACAACAUCACCACCUCCAGCACAGCUGUAGGGGGCAGCACUGUGCACGGCCUGCCCAACCACCGCACAGACAUCAACCCCAUCCACUAG